CAGCAAAGUUAUAAUGUCUUCUCGACAAUCAGUGAGGCACCCGAGUCACAACCAUCCAUUGCGCAGUCACAAAUGCGAAGCAAAAGACGAAAUCAUCUGCUCAGGUUGCGAUCUCGAUCUGAUUGGUGCAGCUUUCAAAUGCACAAAAUCAUCAGAAUGCGAUUACUUCUUGCACAAGUCAUGUUUUAGCCUUCCACGUGAAACCAACCACAAAUCUCACCAACCCCACUGUUUGACUUUACUCUACUCCCCAAAGUCAAUGUACACGUGUCAGGCUUGCGGUGAGUACGGAUCAAGUUUCACUUACAACUGUUCGAUCUGUCAGUACGACGUACAUGUCGGAUGUGUUUCAAUGCCUGAAACCGUGAAGCGUGAAGAUCACGCACAUCCGCUCACUCUUCUUUACAGUUCUCCUUAUACCGAACCCGGUUUAGUUUUCACCUGCGAUGUCUGUAAGGAAACCGUACCGGAUAAUCUCUGGGCGUAUUACUGCAUGGAAUGCGAUUACGGUACACAUUUACACUCAUGUGCGAAAGAGGAAGAAGAGGCAAAGAAAGGAGAAGGAGAAGGAAGCAAAAGCUCGGCGAAGCAAGAGUUAGCUGCAAUGCUCGAGGCUCAAAGAGAGAUGGAGAAUAUGCAGAUUGAGAUUCAUUUGGCCAUGCAGAGUGCUUUGUUCGCCAAAAAGGCGAAUAAGGCAGCUCUCAGUUAUAUCUAG